GUGUGUGUUCUGGGUCUGCAUCUGGCUAAAGAGCUCUGUGAAGUUGAUGAAGAUGGAGACUACUGGCUACAGAUUACUAGGAAAAUCCCUGUGCUUCCUACUAUCUUUGCCGCAUUGGAGAUCAGCCUGAGAGUUAAACAAAACCUUCACUUCACAGAGGCCUCAUUACAUUUACUGCUGACCUUAGCAAGGACUCAACAGGGAGCAGCAGCAGUGGCUGGAGCUGGUGUCACACAAAGCGUCUGCCUGCCCCUCUUGAGCGUGUACCAGCUCAGCAGUAAUGGAGCCAUUCAGACAUCUGCUUCAUCUCGAAAGUCUCUGGAUGCCCCCUCUUGGCCUGGGGUCUAUCGUCUCUCCAUGUCACUGAUGGAACGCCUUCUUAAAACACUUAGAUACAACUUCCUGACGGAAGCACUGGACUUUGUUGGUGUCCAUCAAGAGAGGAUUCUUCAGUGCCUGAAUGCAGUACGGACAGUACAGAGCUUGGCCUGUCUGGAAGAGGCCGAUCACACUGUUGGCUUCAUUCUUCAGCUCUCAAAUUUCACAAAGGAGUGGCAUUUCCACCUGCCACAGCUUAUGAGGGACAUGCAGGUGAAUCUGUGUUACCUGUGUCAGGCCUGUACCUCCCUCCUGCACAGCCGCAAAAUGCUCCAGCACUACCUGCAGACAAAAAAUGGUGAUUCCCUUCCAUCAAGUGUGACUCCACGAGUGCAGCGUAAUCCCCAAGCCUCCUCCAAACAUCCUAGUCCCGAGUCAGAGGCAGCAGAGCAGAAAGCACUGCUUACAGUGCAGUACAGCCUUUUGAAAAUCCUCAGCAAAUCUCUUGCUGCCCUGCGCCAUUUCACCCCUGAUGUCUGCCAGAUCCUCCUUGAUCAGUCGCUGGACCUUGCUGAGUACAACGUGCUCUUUGUUUUGAGUUUCACCACACCAGCCUUUGACUCAGAUGUUGCACCUUCCUUUGGGACCCUCCUUGCCACAGUCAACGUGGCCCUUAACAUGUUGGGAGAGCUGGAUAAGAAGAAGGAACCUUUCCCUCAGGCUGCAGGGCUGAAUAUGCAAGAGGGAACCAAAACCCUCAAGUCUCUGCUCAUGUUUACAAUGGAAAACUGUUUCUACCUGCUCAUCUCCCAGGCUGUUCGGUACUUGAGAGACCCAGCUGUGCACCCCCGUGAUAAGCAGCGGAUGAAACAGGAGCUCAGCUCUGAGCUGAGUACGCUGCUCUCCAGCCUGUCUCGUUAUUUCCGCCGCGGUGGUCCCUCUUCACCUGCCAGCGGGGUUCUUCCCUCUCCCCAAGGAAAGUCUGCCUCCAAGCUGGGUCCUGAGGGGCAGGAGCCUUUGUUUCAGCUCGUGCAGGCCUUUGUCCAGCACGUGCAGAGAUAGAUUCUAUCCUGCCGCUGCCUCCCUUUUCAGAACUUGCAGCAGAACGAUUCAUGUCCACCUCGGAAGGCAUCACCUUUGGCAGAGCGUGGAACAAGGACUGGGAAAGGGAGGGAGGCCUGGUGUGGGCAGCGGUGUAAACUGAGCUGUAACAUCGGCAGCGAGAUCCCGUUGAACUCUUGCAACCCAGUAGCAGAGUGAAUGUAAGGAAAGCCGAGAGCGGCUCUUGGGUGAUCAGCCCACGUGCACAGCCUGCUCACUCCAUCUGCUAGAGCAUCCUGGCUGGGUACAAGUGCUGAACAGUCAAAACCUCUAUUUUUAUAGCUUGUACCUCAGCUGGGGAAGCUGUGGCUGGAUGGAGAGAAGAGACAAACUUUCCGCUGGGCAUUAGCUCUGCUCUUAACACAAGGUGCAAUCUGCCUCUCCCUCGCAGCCAGAGUCCAGUUAAGGCACAACCAAGGGAUCAGCCAGCAAUUCAGAGACCAUCUUUCUACUGCUAUUUUUGUACUGAAUGGUUCAAAGCAAGAUGGUGUAUGUGUGCUCACGCCUUCCCUUCACCCUGCAGUCUGUGUGUUGUGUGUGUUUCUGAAGAGCAAGGCCUCACUCGAGGUUUUUUGGUCAAAAUUCCAUUGCUCCAGUCUUGCAGUUUUUUGUAACUGUGCCCUAUUUAUACUGAUAUUAAAACCUUUAUAGACAGCA